GCGGGCAGCGAAAAGUUGUGUGCACCAGCAGCAACAACAACUGAGCAGCAGCAGUCUUUGUUUCGGUCACGGGCGUGAAUUGUAUCAUCGUGCCGUGCCGUCCCAGUGUGUCUAGCUGUAGUCGGGCACAGUGCGGAACCAUCUGCAUAGAGGGAUGAUUUCCCGUAGCGAUUUCGUUCUCCAAACGGGCAACUGGUAGUGCUUCUCCGUAGCCUUGCGAUAGGUGGUUCCGUUCCGUUUGUAGCGUUUGUUCUUGUAACACCGUCGUGUAAAUAUAACGUUUCCGUGUUAGUGCCCUAGUGCGAGCAGCGAGAGUGAAGAAGCGCUCCGUGCGUUACUGUGCGUGUGUCGAUGCGCACAUGUGUGUAUGUGUGAUUUUUGUAGUGUUAUUUUGUGGGGAUUGCGUUUGCACACCCAUUAUUCCCACGCCAACUGUGUGCUGUGCAGCAUCCCCUUCACUAUGCUAUCGCUAUGGUGAGCGGUGCUUUCGUUCGUGCUAGCAUAGAAGUUCACAGUGCGUGUUGUGUAGUACCAGGGCAGGGCAGAAAGCAGUAGAGUUUGCCCCCCCCCCCCCCCCCACCCAGCUUACAUGGGUAUCAUAAGGCGGGUGUCGUUGUUAGCCUUUCGUCCUGAUUUGUUGUUCCCCGUUGCCAGUAGUAAGCGCGAUAGGCGUAGCACGAUUAGUACACUUUCGUUCGGUCCGUGUGUAUGGUGAAGCUGUGAGCGGCAGCGCUCAUCGACCAGCGUGAAAGCCGAAGGAGCGUAGGUCUUGUGUUUUGUGUUAAGCAAGGAGAGAGGUGAAAAGGAAAAAUAAAACGCGCGCGCCACGGAAGGUUAGCAGCAGCAAGGCAAUCCGUGGCCCCGGAUCCGCGCCCGUGUGACCGAUGGUGCGCAAUAAAUACACGCUAACCACCGCUGGCAAGUCGCCCAGUAAAAAAUCGCGCACCGGCAGCCUGAGCAAGCAGCACGACGCCACCGGCGACGACGACGGCGAAACCGGCACCCUGGACGGCAGCGGAAGCGCCGCCGGCAGUCCUGUAGGAGGCGGAACCGACGCGGGCGCCAAACGAUGUGACGGCGGCUCGGUCCACAAGCAAAACCUUUACAUCAUUUCGUUUCCCGUUAUCUUUGUGUUUAACGUUCUGCGCUCGCUGCUGUAUCAGUUGUUUAUCGUUUUCCGCUACGUGUACAACUUCACCACGAAGGUGGUGUACCGGCCGGUCCGGAAGGAGUGCGGGCUGGAGAUCGUGAUCAACACGGAUCAGCACGGCCAUCAUCACCAUCACCAUCAUCGGCACAGUAGCCACAGCAUCCACAGUACCACCGCCGCACAGCAGCUUCAGCAGCAACAGCAGCAGCAGCAGCAGCAGCAUCAAUACAGCCUACUGCAACAAGAGCAGCACGGUGUCACAGAACCUCAGCAGCAGCAGCAGCAGCAUCAAGCGGCCCAUCCGCUGCAGUGCUCACAGAGCGGCAUUUUGGUAAACGGCGAAGGUCGCGAAAUGUCCAUCCAGCGGUCAGCGAGCGGCAGCCAGGUGGGUCCGGGGGAUCCGCUGCUGGCGAAGCAGAAGCAUCACCACCGGCGUGCGUUCGAGUACAUUUCCAAGGCGCUCAAAAUCGACGAAGACAACGAGGUUCUAAAUGAUCAAAAAGAGCUGGCCAUCGAGCUGUACCGGAAGGGCAUACUGGAGCUGGAGCGUGGCAUCGCCGUCGAGUGCUGGGGUGGCCGGGGCGAGGUAUGGGAGCGGGCCCAGCGGCUGCACGAUAAAAUGCAAACCAACCUCUCGAUGGCACGCGAUCGGCUGCAGUUUCUGGAACUUAUGUUGGAAGCGAAACGGCUUGAGUUGCUCGAAAGCAGCGAGCAAGGCGAGCAAACGCACAAGCAACCACCACACUCCACCGUACGGCGCCAGAACACGUUCACACUCGGCGAUGAGGACACAGCGGCCGCUUUGUCAUCCGCGAAAGCCGCCACUUCCGGUGGUGGUGCUGCUGCGCCCGAACGAAAGUUUAAGCUGCCCAUGUUCAUUCCAUCCGACCUGCACGAAACGGGCAAUGGCACCAGAAGUCCCACCACCUUGUCCUAUCGGGACGUAAAAUCAAAGCUGCACAGUACGCCGACCGAGAACAGGAUGGUAUCGUUUAAUGAAAACUGUACCAUCACCACCAACCACCAUCCGGCCCGCGGUACUGCUGCUUCGACGAGGCCAACAACGGCCGCCACUGUGGCACCCACACCAUCACUGCCCAUUAAACAAACCGUCAGCGAAGCAUCCGGGCGGAAAUUAACAGUCGGCUACAAGCGUCCCGGCAAUCUGGGCGUGAUGAAUAAAUCGCAAACCCUGCCCCGCAGCAUGGGCGGCACCCGCACGACCCCGACCGGAACGGGCGGAGCGGGCGGCAUUGCCGGCGGGCUUGGGAACGGCGGUACGUACGGAGGCGGCAUCGUGGGCGGUGGUGCGGGGAUGCCAAAAAUUGUGCCAAAACCGGCCGCAACGCCACCUGCCAUCAGGCGUCAGUUUUCCAUUCCUGGUAGCUCGCCAGUGCGGAAGGCCAGCAAUGGUUAUGGUAGCAAAAAUACGCCACCGCCACGCUCGAAAACUCCCCUCGCCGGUCAGCAGCCGCAGCAAACUCAGCAGCAGCAGCAGCAGCCACAAAUUUCCGUCAAGGGCGUUGAACCGAAGCUGGUACAGAUCAUCAUGGACGAGAUUGUCGAGGGCGGCGCCAAGGUCCAGUGGCAGGACAUUGCCGGCCAGGAGGUGGCGAAGCAAGCGCUGCAGGAGAUGGUCAUCUUACCCUCCGUGCGGCCAGAACUCUUCACCGGGUUGCGUACACCGGCGAAGGGGUUGCUGCUGUUCGGGCCACCAGGCAACGGCAAAACGCUGCUGGCCCGUGCCGUCGCGACCGAAUGUUCCGCCACGUUCUUCAGCAUCUCGGCCGCAACGCUCACGAGCAAGUACGUGGGCGACGGGGAGAAGCUGGUGCGCGCCCUGUUUGCGGUAGCGCGCGAGCUGCAGCCGUCGAUCAUUUUCAUCGACGAGGUCGACUCGGUGCUGUCGGAGCGGAGCAGCAACGAGCACGAGGCGACGCGCCGGCUGAAGACGGAGUUUUUGGUCCAGUUCGAUGGGCUGCCGGCCAACUCGGAGGCGGACCGGAUAGUGGUGAUGGCCGCCACCAACCGGCCCCAGGAGCUGGACGAGGCGGCGCUGCGCCGGUUCCCGAAGCGUGUCUACGUGACGCUGCCCGAUCGCGAUACGCGCGAGCUGCUGCUGCGGCGGUUGCUGCAGAAGCAGGGCAGCCCGCUGAGCGAUACCGAUCUGGCCCAUCUGGCCCAGCUGACGGAGGGUUAUUCGGGGUCGGAUUUGACGGCACUGGCGCGGGACGCGGCGCUGGAACCGAUACGAGAGCUUAACGUGGAGGAGGUGAAAAAUAUGGACCCGACCAAGCUGCGCAGCAUUCGGGAGAGCGAUUUUCACAACUCACUGAAGCGCAUCCGCCGCUCGGUGGCACCGCAAAGCUUAGCCGCGUACGAGAAGUGGCUGCAGGACUUUGGUGACGUUACGCUAUAAGCAGGAGGAAUGGGAAGGAAGGCACCUCGCAGGAGAUUGUUUCUGACGCACAAACAUGUCGCAGGAAGUGUGUGUGUGGCCAUUGUGAAGAGGGAGGCAGUAGGAAUGCUGGCAUCGGUCGGAUGCGGACAGGUGCGGACAAAGGUCCCUUGUUUCAAAGCAGACACACACAGAGCGUGUGGUACUCUGGUACAUACAUAUAAGACAAGUAAUUCCCCGCCUGCGAUUAAUCAUCUUGCUGUUGUUGUGUUCUUAUCCUUGGUUGUGAAAUCGUCGCAAUGACAAAGACUUACGGUGUUGCGUGUGUCGGUGCGACGGUGUGUAUGUAUGCGUAUUAUGUAUAGUUGUAUGUUCGCUUCACUCGCAAGCUCUUUUUUUUUGUUAAUCACAUCGUCUACACGAUCUUUAGCUAUUAUGCGUAUUGUACAUUUCAGUUUAGUUGUUGUACGCCUUAAGGGGAGGCGUAAGGAAAGACACUCACCCAUUGGCACUUAAACAUAGCUACAGAACAAACCGUCUAGAUAGCAAUUAUUAUUCCUCAAACUCUAAAUGCUCGUGCUAUCGUGGUUUGUUUUGCCUUUUCCUUAAUCGUGUGUGUACCGAUCCGGCUAGGUAAAACAACUAACCGUUUGGUGGUACUGCCCGAUGAAUGUAUGUAUAUAAUGGAGAUGAUGUGCGGAAGCGAAACGGAGUGUCCAAACCAACCGACCGACCGGAUCAUUGUAGGUUAAUUCAAUGUUGUAAGCAUCUAUCCUCGCAAACGAAUAAGAAAACAAAACAAUCUCCGUUUGCCGCUCGGUCGAAAGUGAACAAAGUUUCUACUAUACAAGUAAUCUUACUUUAUCCCUAUUGCAACCCGUUGUGAUGCCACGCGAUGCUUUAGACGCUGUGCGAAAGGAUGUCAGCGCGUAACUGGAAACCAAGCAGGAAUUUGGUAUUUGUCGGUGUAAAGAACAUGUAAACAAGCUGAACAAACUGGGUACGUUAUUGGUUGUUUUGUUUAUUUCUCUUUGUUCAAUAUGUACAAGCUUGAGAAUUUUAGAGGCUUUGUUUUUAAUGUAUUAAUGUAAAAGAGAGUAAUGGGGAGAUUCGGUAGCUUCUACCGAAACCGGCACAAACACGGAUUGUUUGUACCACUGCAAACGGUUUUAUACAAUGGAUGCUGCUUGAAUGCGUGUGCUUGAUGAGCUCUCGACAUACCACGGUUUACGCAUUAGCAUGGGCAACGAAUGCAACCAUGUGGUGUACAAUUGAGCCAAAUUGGUUUACCAUUUUAAAUGUUUUUAUAAAAGAAUUAGCAAACACAGCUGCACAAAAUGCAAAAUGUUUCAAUUCCUUUAAUUGCUUUAAUCCACCUUACACAUUAGCUUUCCCUUCGUUUUCUCUUAGUGUGAAACAGCAGUUGCCUUGAAAUUGAAACCGAAACAGCCUGAUAUGAACCGUUCGGGUCUUAAUCAAACAAACAAAAACAAAGCAUAACAAAAUAACAAAACGAAAAAUAAAUCAAACGCAAAAACAAAACAAAAAACCAUUCGCUUUUAACGCAUCAUAAACAUCAUUAUUAGCAUCGUCAAGCCAUAAUACCAUCACCAUCACACAAGCUUCCGCGGGGAGUAAGGGAUCGGCACAAAAACACGGAACUCUCCAUUUGCGGAACGCGCAGUGCCCCCCUCACACAUAAACGCAAUCAUUGCGCAUAACGCGCGCCGCAAACACGCCAAAGCAAAUGCCUCAACCAAAAGUAAUGUCGCAAUCACAAUACACAGCAAAUUUGUCGAUAGGUAGAAAACUGUGUGGCGGCACUGGCAACAGCCGGUUCAACGGCCGGUUUUUACCCAUUUGCUCUCUGUACGCUGCUCUGUACACGAGAAUGAAGGGAAUUUACUCGCCAUACACGCCAUAUAGCGUUUUGUUUUACAAAUAGCUCCUAGCCGUCUGGUACGUACAUGGGAGUAAGUCUUAUACAUACACGCAAGGUUAGGAGCAGUUAGUCUUACAGUGCAUCCAGGUGCAUCCAAAAUCAAACAUACACACAGUCGUUUUGCGGAUACAGUGCUCUACUAUACAAAUAACAAAUUGUGCCGCGAGGUGCGGAAGGUAGCUUCGAACGACGACGAUGACGGAAUUUGUACAAAAAGAUACACCAAACUAACACACACAAUACUACACACAACUAAAGCAGAUAGGAUUUUGGAGUAGUAGUAUGGAGAAAUUCACACCAAGCUUAGGGAAGUUUUAGUAUGAGUUUUGCGUUCACUUUGCAGCAGGUUACCAUUUAGCUAUAGCGUUCUCUUCUAACCGUUAUUCACUCUCCCUUCGUGUUGCUCGUCAGCUACUUAGCGUGUUGGUUUGUGUCGUUUCUAACGCGAUUUGGGGCUUUUCUUCCUGUUUUCUUAACAAAACUUACUUAGCAAAAAAAAAAUACACAUUCCAUCCAGUAGUGAUGCAACACAAAGCACAGAAUAGAACAGAAAUCAUGCGAACAAGAUUCAACGGUUUUCCCGCUCGCCCUUUUUCUGCUCUAGUGAGCAUUACUAGUAGGCUGCGGUGCUGUUUUAGAACAGCUGGCUGGUGCUGGGUGGGUGAAUGGGUAGGUUCCUCUCUUCACUGGCCGAAAACAACGAUUGUGGAACGGAUUGCGCGUGCGCUUUGCGGCGUACGUAACGUCCGUUGGAAUCCUUAGCGUGUAACAGUAGCGUAAGAAACACACUAAUCAGUUUUAGCAGUUGCUUAUCGCGCGAAGGAAGAUAACAAAUAAAAGGGGAAAGAAAGAAAGCAAAAGUGGAAACCGAGUGAGUUGCUAACAUUAGUAGUAAUAGUAGUAGUAGUAGUAGUAGUAAUAGCAAUAGUAA